AUGCGAGGUGUGGGGUCAUCUGUCAACUCAUUCAUCUUGCUUACGGGAGAGGCUGUCCCUGGGGAUGUUCUUCGCUUCUAUUCCCAUGGAAACUACGACGUUCUCGGAAAUGCUUCAGUGACAAGCGUCAGCCUUCAGUCUACUCCUCUUGAGAUAACGGUGAAUUAUCUUCCUCAAGAAGUUCAAGACGUGGUAGACAAUGCGUACUGGACGAAUCAAAUGAGGGUUGGCUCUGAUUUCAACGUUCUGAAUACGCAUACCACCGGAAAUCGAGGUCGCGGCGCCAAUAUCAAAGCCUCCGAUGGCCUAAUUGCCAACAAUCUCUUCUUCGAAGGUGUCGCGUACGGCGAUCUAGACCUAGGCCCGGAGUUUAGCUCCUGGGGCGAAGCAGACUACGUGCAUAAACUCACCAUUAUCGACAACACUGUCCGUGACUGUAACUACCUCAGCAAAGCAGCCGCUGCAGUCAUGCUUCAUGGCGAUGGUGAUAACCCUAUGGAUGGGAACACAAACAUAACCAUCAAUGGGCUUACAAUCGCCAACACCACAGCGUCGAACCUAUACAUUGGCGCUAGUGAGGCAGUGAGCCUCGACGAUGUAUGGGAGUCAUGGCCAGGUGCUGUAGCUACUUUCGAGAACGUCAGCUUCAAAGGUGCGAUGGGGAAUAGGUGCAUUGAGGGAAAGAUUGGCAAACAAGGAAUCAUGAUCGCAACUUUGGAGGGUACCGUUAACGGGCUGGGUGAAUCUGCUGUCGCGAUGUGA